AUGUCCCUGACGCAGGCAAUGUACAGGGCGGACGUCGGUCCCGAUGCCCAGGGGAAAUCUGAGGACCCAUCCUUGAACUUGAUAACAUUUCUGAAGCCGGAGUUUAACUUGAAAACCCUUCUAGAGCAAUUGGACAGAGACGAAUUAGAAAGUUUUAAAUCUCUGCUAUGGACACUUCCUGAAGUGGGGGAUGACCUGAAAACCUCCUCAUACAAGGUCAAAGAGGCCAGUGGCAUGGAAUUGGCAGAACUUCUCACCAACAUAUUGCCAAGCAGUAGCCUGAGGCCUGUGGUUCUGCAGAUCUUGAAGAAGAUGAACCUCAUGCAGUUGUCUCAAAUCUUGGAGGGUUCACAGACACCAGAAGCAGAGGACCCAGUGCUAGAAAUCAUAGAGGAGCCCUUGGAGACACAAAGGGCAGAUGAAAAACCAGGCAAAGAGGAGAGACAGAAAAACAUAGUGGAAGGUCUCCCUCUACUCUACAAAAACCAAUUUUGGAAGGGAGAUGAACACUUCCAGUAUGUCACAGAGAGAAGUCAGAAGCUGAUACCAUUCCUGAGUCCCAAAACAGCCACAAAGCCGGUGCCACACACGGUGAUACUGUAUGGUCCUGCGGGUGUUGGAAAAACCACGGUGGCCAGAAAAUGUCUGCAGGAGUGGAUACAGGGCAGCCAGGGCCAGCCUUUCAAAUACGCCUUCUACCUCAGGUGCAGAGAUCUGAACCACAUGUCGCCCUGCACUUUCGCGGAGCUGAUCUCCAAGGACUGUGCCAAGUGGAAGGCUGACAUCAAGGAGGUCGUAAUGCAGGCGCAGGAAGUCCUCUUCGUGGUGGAUGGUUUUGAUGAGCUGAGGGUCCCUGCAGGGGCGCUGAUCCAUGACAUCUGUGGUGACUGGGAAAUGCAGAAGCCAGUGCCCAUCCUCCUGAGUAGUUUGCUCAAGGGGAAGAUGGUCCCGAAAGCCAAGCUGCUGGUGACCACCCGGCCCCAGGCCUUGCAGGAGCUCUUCAUCUUGGUGGACCAGCCACUCCUCCUAGAGGUGGAGGGCUUCUCGGAGCAGGACAGGCACGCAUACUUCCUGAAACACUUCGGAGAUGAGAAGCGGGCACUGCGUGCUCUCGAGGCCGUGAAGGGCAAUGCUGCCCUGUUCCGCAUGGGCUCGGCUCCCGCCGUGUGCUGGGUGGCCUGCGUGUGUCUGGAGCUGCAGAUGGAGAGGGAGGCCGACCUGGCUCUGACCUGUCAGACCUGCACCUCCCUGUUCCUACAGUUCCUCUGCAGCCAGGUGCCUUCUAGUGACUUCCGCAGCGAGCAACUCCGGACCUCCUUAGAGGCCAUCUGUCUCCUGGCUGCCCAGGGCCUGUGGACACAGAUGUCCGUAUUCCAUGACGGAGACCUGUGGAAACUUGAAUUGAAGGAGUCUGACCUUUCCUGCUUUCUGAACAAGCGCAUCCUGCAGAGGGAUGAGGACUACUUCUCCUUUGUCCACCUCAGCAUCCAACAGCUGCUGGCUGCCAUCUUCUACAUUCUGAAGCGCGGGGAGAAGGAAGCUGAGGACAGCGCUCAGAGGGACAUUGGUGACGUGAGGAAGCUGUUCUCCAGGGAAGAGAGAGUCAAGAACCCUAACCUGGCCCAGGUGGGGCUCUUCUUGUUCGGGCUCUUGAAUGAGCAGCGAAUGAAAGAGCUGGAGAUGACCUUUGGCUGCCAAACAGCAAUGGAAAUCAAGCAGGAAUUGCUGCAGUAUAAGUUGGAGGAGGACAGGCCCUACUUCUCCCUGACGGACCUGAGGGAGGUGUUCGCCUGUCUCUAUGAAUCUCAGGAGGAGGAGCUCGUGAAGGAAAUCAUGGCUCCCUUCGAGGAGCUGUCCCUGCACCUGAAAACCAGCGCGGACCUCAUGUACUCCUCAUUCUGCCUGAAGAGUUGUCCAGGCUUGCACAGGCUGUCCAUACAGGUUGCCAAGGGGGUCUUCUUAGACAAUGACAUCCCUCUGGAGUCCUACCUUGAGGGUAUGAGAUGUGGUUUCCUGUCCACUGAGCUUUGGGCCACUGAAAAUAGGCUGCUCUCUCUUGGCCUGUGGACAGAUCUGUGCUCUGUGAUUUGUUGCAACAAGAACCUGAGCCUUCUGGAAAUCAACCAAAGCUUCCUGAAUGACAUUACAGUGAGGAUUCUCUGCGACUAUAUAACCUAUGCUUCCUGCCGCCUGCAGAAAGUAGUGAUCAGAAACGUCUCCCCAACCACGACUUACCGAGACCUCUGCCUGGCUCUCAUUGGCAAGAAGACACUGUCUCACCUCACGGUGUCGGGCAACGUCCAGGAGAGCAAGACGCUGACGUUGAUGCUGCUGGGCGAGAUGCUCAAGCAUGAGAAAUGCAACCUGGCCUUCCUGAGGCUGAAAUCUUACUCUGCCUCCACUCAGCAAUGGGAUGAUUUCUUCUUGAGUUUCCAUUCCAACCAGUCCUUGACGUGCCUGGACCUCACGGACAACAACCUGCAGGAUGACAGUGCAAAGAUGUUGUGCAUGACCCUGAGGUACCCACGGUGCUCCCUGAAGAGGCUGUCGCUGGAGAACUGCCACCUUACAGAUGCCUGUUGCAAGGACCUGUCUUCCACAUUGAUGGUCAACCAGAGGCUAACACACCUGAGCUUGGCCAAGAACAACCUCGGGGAUAUUGGAGUGAAGAUCCUGUGUGAGGGUUUGUGCUACCCUGGCUCUAAACUACAGAUCCUUGUGUUACAGCAGUGCAACAUAUCUAGCCAUGGCUGCAAAUAUCUCUCAAAGCUCUUCCAUGGAGAUGGCAGCUUGACGCACUUGGACCUAAGUUUGAAUCCCAUAGCUAUCGGACUGUGGAUGUUCUGUGAUGCCUUAAGGAAUCCAAAUUUUAAUCUAAAAUUCCUAGGGCUCUGGGGAUGUUCCCUCAGUCCUCUGUAUUGUCAGGAGCUCGCAUCUGCCCUUGCGAGCAACCAGAAGCUACAAACUCUGGACCUGGGACAGAAUUGCCUGGGACCAACUGGAGUGGCAGAGAUCUUGGAGGCGUUAAAAGAUAACAGUGGGCCCCUGAAGACACUCAGGUUGAAGAUAGAUAAAUCGAAUGCGAAAAUUCAGACGCUGUUGAAGGAUGUGAAGGAGAAUAAUCCCAGCCUGAAGAUUGAUGUUGCCAGCGUGGCUGCACCCUCUUACCAUGACUUCUUUGAGCACCCGGAGAUCCUCUGA